CGCGCACGUCACGACACUCAAACUCAGUCAGAUGUAGGCAGCAGGGCAGACCACGCAACACCGCCUCAUAAGAACAGGGUUACACGACCCUGGUCUGCCACUGGUCUGCAGGCCUGUAACCCAGACAGGAGGCCUAGCUGGGUAGGAGGAAGUAUGAUGAGUGGUAAGAGCCUGUUAUUGAAGGUGAUCCUGCUUGGAGAUGGCGGAGUGGGCAAAUCCUCCUUGAUGAACCGCUAUGUUACGGACCGUUUUGACUCUCAGUCCUUUCACACCAUUGGUGUUGAGUUCCUCAACCGGGACCUGGAGGUGGAUGGGCGCCUGGUCACUCUUCAGAUCUGGGACACAGCAGGCCAGGAGCGCUUCAAGUCUCUACGUACGCCUUUCUACCGAGGUGCUGACUGCUGCCUACUUACAUUUGCUGUGAACGAUUUGCAGAGCUUCCAAAACCUUGGCUGCUGGAAAAAGGAGUUUAUGUACUACUCGGAUGUAAAAGACCCUGAACGUUUUCCAUUUGUGGUACUUGGCAACAAGAUAGACAUGGAGCAGAGGGAGGUGGGUGAAGAUGAGGCACGGGCAUGGUGCGAAGAGAACGGCUGCUGCCCUUAUUUUGAGACUAGUGCGAAGGAUGACACUAAUGUCACAGCUGCAUUUGAGGCAGCUGUCAGGGAGGUUCUGGCUGCAGAAGACCAGAUUGACCAUGCGCUUCUGAGUAGCACCAUUGAUCUCCAUGGUAACCGCAAAACCUCUCGAGCGUCUUGCUGCUGAUUGGUCAGGUGUGAAUCUACCUGUUCUUAUUCUCACUGGUGGAAACUAGCCUUGGGCAGUUAUGAGAGCCAGUCUGAUAUUUUUUAUGGUACACGUAUAGCCGGUACAAGGUUCUGAGUACGGCAUCUCCUAUAGAUAAUAAGGAUAAGAUACAGCUGGUCUGAAGAGGGUAUCUAGAGGGUUGAAGUAUUACAUUAAAGGUACAGGUAUACUGUAACAGGCACACUCAGUCUUUGUACUCUCUCCUUUCAGUAGUGUGCUCACAAACCCAACUUCAGCUUUGUCUGCCUAUGCAGGGGUUAUACAGUAUUAAACAGUACUUUUAGACCAUUUGUUUUCAUUAUAUUAUUUAAAUGUUAAUGAUUAAACUGACACAUUAUACUGAUCCUCUCUUGAUGAGCACAGUUUUGACAAAGCAACAUGCAGUUGGUCUUGUAACUUCAGCUUUAUGGCUGUAAACUGAAUGGUUUUAGAGGGACUUUGAAAACAAUAUCAUGUUCUCUUGUUAUCAGAUAUGUUGGUAGUUGUUGGAGAGCUAAUGUACUCCUGGACAAGGACAACAUUCCCAUUCCAGGCAGAUACAGUGCUUGAGCACUUCCUACAUCAGUAUAAUGACCAUUUUUAUUUGAGGUACUGGGAAGUGAAAUGAUUGCUGCACUAAAGGAAGAAAUGGGAAGCGGAUUGUAAGCUUUAAUGUUGUAGCUCUGACUAUAAGAAUAGGGUACGAGCUAUUUGCAGUGCUCUUAAUCAUUUGACUAGUUCAUCUCUCACUACUGCAUUAAAGUGUAGCCAGAGAUAUUGCCGGCUGUAUGGAUCAGUCAUUUUCAGUUAUGUACAUGUGCCUGCUUACUAGGUGAGGCUCAAAUAGUACUGCUUUUUCAAAUGCUGUUAAAAAAAAACUGCUGUGUUUUUCUACAAAUUGUUUUGUGACUUUUUCCCUUUUUUUUGGCAGGGAGCUUCAGUGUGAGACUAGGCAAUGACUACAGCGUGUUUAUAGAUGUGUACAUGCAGUUAUGAUUUCUUAAGUUAACAAUAAUUUCAGAAUUACGGCGUGUAAUCUUGUGUGUCUAGUCUGCUGCCUGCAUGGCAGCCUUCAGCAUUCCAGUUCUAUUGCUUUGCUUAUUCUAAAGCUCUCCUGUGCUUUACUGAUAUAUACCAUACUGUAUGGCUUGUUCUGUUAGCCUACUCAUUCUGGAUCUCAUAAUGUGAAAAUGUCUGAGCACUAGGAUAAUGCUUUUUCCAAUGUGUACUCCAUUGUCUUUCCUGCCCAUUCAUACAGUAUUGAACCAUCCACCUGAGAACUCUGUGGUUUUUAUGACAUUUACUUGUGUUCAGUUUAAUAGUAAUGUUUUUACGUUAGUAUGUGUAAUUUUUAUGUAUUUACUUGCCAUAGGUACAUUUAACUUUCAUUUCUUUACUUUUCCUGUUGUCAUCCAGAGGGUAUUACAUAUGCCAGUAUUGUUUGGGAAAGUAUGGAUAAUGUUUUACCUUCAAACUAAGUUUAACAUGGUUUAAAAGUGUUAUUUUCAUUAUUUCAAAUGCUGCUUAAAAAGUUUUUAAUACAUUGUGUAGUCAAAUCUGUUGUGUAAAUAGGAUGAGAAGGGCAUAUGGUACAAUGCAUACCUCCACCAAUGCCCCUUUUUCCUGUCUGGUACUAAAUCUAACUACUGUACGAGAAUAUUUCUACUGACAGACCUACAAAUAGAUGUGGGUGAAAAUAUGUCUUUGGUGGAGGUGCAUUGUUUCCAUCUUUUGACUGCACCGACUCCAGGUUCAUAUGAAUUUCUCUGUUUCGAGUGUGGACCAUAAUCAGCCUAUAACACUUUUUUGCCUUUUUGGUCAGAAAUCACAUCAUACAAUAUUCCAGUAUGUUUGCACACUAACGGUACAUUACUAGGGCUUCUUGUUAGAAAUGAAUGUAGCCCCAUCACAGACUGUCAUAUUUACUUGGUACUAAAUGGUGCUUUGGUGUAUGGUAGGCCUAUAAUAAAAAGCUCAUAUGUGGUUAUUGUAUUACGAGGUGAAUUUUGAUUCUGGUAAUUUCAGUCUAGAAGGGAAACUGUGAACUGUCUCGGGCAUUUCAAUAAAAUCGAGCAAUUGGCCUACAUUACACCAAAGUGAAAAAGAGGGCUGAAAGCGUCUCAUUUGUCAGUGUUAAUGUUUUCUGCAUUCAACAGAGUACUUUAUCUCCUUACUGUACCGUUUCAGUUUUAAUCCUGAUGUAGCCUACCACAGUGUUUACCGGAAAUCAAGUAUACCUUAUUUUCUAAACUUGUAGCAUUAAAUACAUUAUGUUGAACUCAUAAUGUUGUCCUAUGUCACUGCAACCCCAGUCUCAGAAUUCUUUUUUUAAAUGUUGCUAAUAUUUAUGAAUGUAAAAAUUAAUUCUUUGGGCUGUCCAUAGAAAUGGCUUAUGUAAAUUGCAAAGGGCAUUCAUUUUAUAAUAAUGCACAAAAUGACACUGAACGUCUGUUUCACUCUGCAGUGUCCACCCAUGAGUAUCAUUUAAGCUGCGUGAAAGUUUGACUGAUCACCUUGAUUAUCUCUUGAUCUCAUGUACAACUUUUCUUUUUGCACUAUGGAGGAUAAGACUGGUUGAGCCAACAUGCUGGCAAAGCAGUAAAAUCUCCCCAGUGCUUGGCUUCAAAUAAAACAUGCAAUGUACCAAAUGGA